AUGCUCUGCUUCUUACAGAACUACCCCAUUCAUAAUGACUCCGUUCAAGGCUUUAAGUGCUUGCCAAAGCUGAAAGUGGGUGGGGAAAGACAUAAUAUAACGAAGGAGAAACUGAUUCGUUCAUGCAUUUGCAGAGAAGGCCAUCUUAUUCCUUCUUAUUUCAUUCUUUCUCUUUUUUUUCUUUUUAGUCUUGACUUUUCUUCCUCUAUUUGUCUUACAAUUCUUUCUACAUUCUGUCUUCCUUUACACUCUGAUUUUCUUUCAUUGCUUUCUUUCCUUCCAAUUUCAUUCUUUUUAAGCCUUUCAUCUCUUUCUUCUUAUUCCUGUUUUUGUCCUGUCAUUUGUUACUUCUUUUACUUUCAUUCAUAUUUCAUUCUUUUAGUUCUAUUAUUUAUUCUUUCCUAUUUCUUUUGCUUUUUAAUUAUUUCCAUUUUCCUUCCUUUUGCCAAUCUCAUUCAUUCUUUCUUAUUUUUCUCACUCUUCUUUCAUAUUCGUAUUCAUUUUUUUAAUUUCUUUCAUUUUGUUACUUUAAUUUUUCCUUCCAAUCUCUUUGAUGUUCACUUUCAUCUUCCUUCUUCUUCCCUUCUUUAUAGUCAUUCAGUCUUUCAUAUUUGUUUUUUUUUUUUUCAAUUUUACUAUUUUUUGCCAAUUUCUUCCUUUUUAGUCCUAUAUUUUGUUCUUUCCCCAUUUCCUUUUUUCAAAUUCCUUUUAUUUCAUUUUUUACUUUCCUUUCAAUUUCUUUCUUUUCUAUCUAUUUUCUUUGCUAUUUCUUUCUUUUACUUUUCCUUUAUGCUUGCUCUUGCUCAUUUUUCCUUCUUCAAAUCCUUUGUAUUUCUACUACUUUUUCAAUUUAAGUUGACAUUACUCAUUCUUAGCCAACCUUUCUGA